AUGACUGGCAAUCUUCUACGACAUGAAGGCGACACUGUCCCCAGAAAAGAUGGUCCUGCUGGAGAAAUCAUAUCUGGGGUUGCUGUGGGACAUCCCGUAGAACAACUCGAAGUUGACGGCGGCGCACACAAUGACGAAGUAGAAUAUCCCACAGGCAUCAAGCUCUGGUCCGCCAUGAUAUCGAUCUUCACGGUUUCCAUGCUACAUGGUUUAGACCUCACCAUUGUCGCGGCUACGGUACCCAGCGUGACAAACCAGUUCAAGGCUAUCGAGGACAUUGGGUGGUACUCCUCAGCGUACUCGGUCAUGGCCGCCAGCUUUGGGUUCUUUUUCGGCAAAAUAUACGGCAUCGCCUCGGUGAAGUGGCUGUACCUGGUCUCUGUCAUCAUAUUCGAGCUCGGGUCGCUUUUCUGUACCGUGGCUCCCACGUCUUGGUUCUUCAUCCUCGGCAGGGCCAUCGCCGGGAUUGGAGCAGCAGGGAUGCAGCAGGGGUCUCUCAUGAUCCUAAAUCAGUGCUUCCCGAAGCAUAAGAGACCGAUGUGGACUACGGCUGUGGGCGCAUCGCAGAUGGUCGGCAUCGUCAGCUCACCCAUCGUCGGAGGUGCAUUGAUUGACUGGAUCAGCUGGCGAGGCUGCUUCGGUAUCAACCUCCCGUUCGGUGUCGCUGCAAUAUUGCUCAUUUUCUUCGGCUUCGAAGAGAUCAACAAACAGUCCGGCGCGGAGCUUACCUGGAAGGAGAAGGUCAAGGGGUUCGAUGCGCUGGGAACUGUACUGAUGGUGCCGUCUUUGACGUGCUUGUUUAUUGCGUUGCAAUGGGGAGGUAUUAGGUUUGGCUGGAAUGAUCCGCGCAUCGUGAUCUUAAUUAUUCUCUUCGUAGGUCUCCUCGUUGGGUUUGGAUGGCGCCAACAUCGGCUACAGGAGGCAGGGACGCUCCCACCACGAAUCUUAAAAAUGCGGUCAGUCCUCGCUGGGACUUGGUAUACUUCAUGCGUAAACAGUACUCUGGCUGUUACGGAGUAUUACAUUACCAUUUACUUCCAGGGUGUAAAAGGAUACACUGCAACACAAUCUGGAUUGCUCAUGUUGCCCAUGUUAGUAGGCAUGACCAUUGGUACUCUGAUUGGUGGUUUUGGGAUCACCAAAAUUGGCUAUUAUAAUCCUUUUAUGAUUGCGACGACUAUAUUGGCUCCCAUCGCUUCUGGUCUACUCACGACCAUCGGCCUGGAUGACGAGCCAGUCAAGGCCGCCUGCCUUCUUGGUUUUCUUGGCGUUGCCAUGGGGUUUGGUCUGCAGACGCCAAUCAUCUCCCUGCAGACAACUAUGAGUUCCAAGGACCUCUCUACAGGUCUUGCAACACUGUACUUUGGGGCUACUAUGGGCAAUGCUGUUUGGAUCGUCGUUUCAGCCGCUUUGUUUCAAAAUCGACUUAUUGAAGAGGUUGCAUACUUCAGCCCGUCGACUAAUGCCACUUUACUGAAAGGUGCUGGCCUUUCUGAGAUACGUAAGAUCGUAGGAAAUGAUCGCCUACGGGACGUUCUUCUAGGAUACGACGAGGCCGUCACACAGACACUGUAUCUGCCAUUAGGCCUUUGCGCUGCCACCAUUGUGGGAUCUAUUUUUACUGAGUGGCACUCGGUUAAGAAGAAGCAGGAAUAAAUAACAUAGUCUUUUCAAGAUUCGAGAAAUAAUGCGUGUUCUUUCCUUUUUUCUU